CAGGGGGGCGGGGGCGGGGAGCCCCGGGGAGCCGGUGGGGUCGACCCGGGGGUCCCGGGGGAAGUGGAGGUCGUGAAGGGCCAGCCGUUCGACGUGGGCCCGCGCUACACGCAGCUGCAGUACAUCGGCGAGGGCGCCUACGGCAUGGUCAGCUCAGCUUAUGACCACGUGCGAAAGACUCGCGUGGCUAUAAAGAAGAUCAGCCCCUUUGAGCAUCAGACCUACUGCCAGCGCACUCUACGGGAGAUCCAGAUCUUGCUGCGAUUCCGCCAUGAGAAUGUCAUUGGCAUCCGAGAUAUUCUUCGGGCACCCACCCUGGAAGCCAUGAAAGAUGUCUACAUUGUGCAGGACCUGAUGGAGACAGACCUAUACAAGUUGCUCAAAAGCCAGCAACUGAGCAACGAUCACAUCUGCUACUUCCUCUACCAGAUCCUUCGGGGUCUCAAAUAUAUCCACUCAGCCAAUGUGCUCCACCGGGAUCUAAAGCCCUCCAACCUGCUCAUCAACACCACCUGCGACCUUAAGAUCUGUGAUUUCGGCCUGGCCCGGAUUGCUGAUCCUGAGCACGACCACACUGGCUUUCUGACUGAAUAUGUGGCCACACGCUGGUACCGGGCUCCAGAGAUCAUGCUUAACUCUAAGGGCUACACCAAGUCCAUCGACAUCUGGUCUGUGGGCUGCAUUCUGGCUGAGAUGCUCUCCAACCGGCCCAUCUUCCCUGGAAAGCACUACCUGGACCAGCUCAACCACAUUCUGGGUAUCCUGGGCUCCCCAUCUCAGGAGGAUCUGAAUUGUAUCAUUAACACGAAGGCCCGAAACUACCUACAGUCUCUGCCCUCUAAGACCAAGGUGGCCUGGAUCAAGCUAUUUCCCAAGUCAGACUUAAACGCUCUUGACCUUCUAGACCGGAUGUUAACCUUCAAUCCCAACAAGAGGAUUACAGUGGAGCAGGCGCUGGCUCACCCCUACCUGGAUCAGUACUAUGACCCCACAGAUGAGCCAGUGGCUGAGGAGCCCUUCACUUUCGACAUGGAGCUGGAUGAUCUACCCAAGGAGCGGCUGAAAGAGCUUAUCUUCCAAGAGACAGCCCACUUUCAGCCAGGGGUGCCAGAUGCCCCCUAACCAGGACAGAUGUCCCUGCCUCCUGGGGCCUGGGCCCGGCUCCUGCCUGCCCCUCCCCCUGCUGGACUGUUAGAAAGUGGACACUGUGUGCAGCCCCGGCCAGGGCUGAGGGUGGGCCUGGCUCCUUCUCCCACUUCGCUGAGCUCUCCUGCGACGGGCAGGCCAAGGCUUCCUCCUACCCUGACCUUGCCCUGGAGCUUGAAAAGCUCAGGUGGCCCAGAGCAAAUCUCUCUCUGCUGCUCUGCCUUCAUCUUCCCCAGCUGGCCCCGCCUCUGGUAGACUUUUCUGGAGUGGAAGGGCUCCUGCUGCCCCAGGACCUACCUUGGGGACUCAGAGUCUGAGGAGAGACUCAGGGCGAGCCCUGCCCCACUCACCUCACUGGAACCCCACCCUGUUUUCCUUGAAGGAACGUUCCUAAGUCUCAAGGGCUAGUAUCCCUGAGGAGCCGGUCCUGGCGGAAACUCGCCUCCCUCCCGCAAGCUGCCACAUUUAAUGCUCUCGCUGCUUCUGUGUGUGGGUGAGCGGAAAUGGCGUGGGGGCCUGCGGAGAGCCCAGCGCCCUUGCCCGCUUCCUGUGCCUGUAUCUAAUAUAUAAAUAUAGAGAUACGUAUACGGA